GGGAGAAGCAGCCAGAGAGGAAACUGAGGUGUUUUUCUUCUGAUGGUGUGGAGAAUUUCUAAACAUAUUCCUGAGACAAAAAGACUGUGAAGAAGGAGAGAGGCAGUUGGCAGAGGAGUGACCAUCUUCUGGAGAGCGCCUUCAAUCCUGAGAGAGUGUGGCUUCUCUACGACUAGCCUAAAGAAAGAAGGAUUUUUUCCCUGCACCCCUUUUUUCCCUGCGAGGAGAUCGGUCCACCUCUGCUCAGAGCCCUGCAAAAAGGAUGGCCUUUCGUGAUGAUCUGUCUACCACUCAGCAGUUUCUGCUGUCAUUGCUGUGUUUCCCGCUGCGGCCCUUCUAUCUCUGCUGCCUAUGCCUCACAGACAGCAAGGAGAGCAAAAUUAAGCCUCAUAACCUUGCUCAAGCAGAAGCAGCAAAGGUGCAAGCAACUGUCAACCAACCCCAAACCACAGUCGUGACAGGUGAAACACGCUUUUAUGAGCAGCCCUCAGCCGUGGCCUCUGAACCUGAUCAUGGAAAUCGCGUCACUGUAGAAAUACACCCUAGAACCACAUCCCAGAUAGGAAAAACACACUUCUUCAACAGAGGAACCCAAGUAUUUCCCGAUUUAAGAGGGCAAGAUAAUGAAGGAUUUCAAGACGAUAGGGACCAACAACCAUCAUUACCUCAGGGCCAAGAUUUGCCUGGCUUUCCAGAUUAUGAGGAAAAAAGACGAUCCUUGCCAGAUGAACAAGACUUGCAUGCUUAUCCAUGGGAUAGAUCCAAUCUGAAAUCGAUGCCAAUAGACUUGCAGCAGUUUAAGAACUUGGAUGCCUAUGCAGCAAAGGUGAAUACCAGGAGCAACGUGGAAGACCUAGUGAGUGUCUUGCUGCAAGAAGCUCACAGUGACCUGGAGAAAGUCCGAGCCAUUUGGAUAUGGAUUUCUCAUCAUAUAGAAUAUGAUGUGGAAGCUUAUCAUGAUGAAUCCAAGAUAUUUUGUAAGCCAGCAGAAGUUCUUCAGUCAGGAAAGAGCGUCUGUGCUGGCUAUUCCAACCUCUUUGAAAAAAUGUGCAGUAUUGCAGGGAUCCAAUGCAAGAACCUGUCCGGCCACGCCAAAGGGCGUGGAUAUAAACCUGGAAAAGUCUUUCGCGGGGAUAGUAAUCAUGCCUGGAAUGCUGUUUUCCUCCAUGGACGGUGGCACCUUUUGGACAGCACGUGGGGAAGUGGGUAUACGAUGGACAAAUUCAUUUUCAGAUACAAUGAGUUCUAUUUCCUGACCCAUCCUGCUCUCUUUAUUGCCGAGCACUUCCCAGAAGACUACAAGUGGCAGCUUCUGAAACCAACGUUGACUCUGCCGCAGUUUGAACGCCAUAUACAGUACAGAUCUUGUUUUUUUGCAAGGGGGCUAGUGGCGGCAACCCCAGCAACAGCAGUCAUUCAAACAGAAAAUGGCAAAGCAACUAUUGUCAUUGAGAGUUGUCGUCCAACACUGUUCAUGUCUGCGUUAAACAAGUUAAAUGAGAAUUGUUUAAUUAUGCUGCAGAGGAAUGGGAUGAAGCUAGAAGUGUAUCCCCAACAGACAGGGACUCACUGUUUGCAGAUCUUUGCUAAACACUUCCAAGAUAUGAAAGGGAGCUACAAUUUUGCGUUAGAAUGCUCGUUGGAGUGCAGCUCUGUGGACAAGAGCAUCUCUUUGCCCAAAGAUCUCAUCUAUCCAGUGGGACCCAAUUGGUUCACGGAACAAGUGGGGAUCCUGAAGGCCUCGCCUCCUGGUCCAGUUAUCCACACGGAUGAUGGGCGCUGUGCCAUCACUUUCACUCAGAGUGAAGACCUGGAUUUCUUUGCCACACUCAUGUCCAAUAACAGCAGGAUACCCGAGGACAUAAGGAGGCGUCACAUCUGGAAAACCCGUCAAGGAAACCAGGCCGCAUUAAAGAUUCACCUUCCCCAUGCAGGACACUUUGCACUUUCCAUCUGGGCCAAGAAGACAUCUGAUCCGGGUGGCUGCCAGUGUGCCCUCAGCUAUCUUCUCUCCUGCCCGAAUAAGAGUGUGGCGUGGCCGGUUUUCCCACAGACAUUUACGAACUGGGAGGAUGAUUAUGAGUUAGUGGCACCUCUGGCAGGUGUCCUGCCAGCCAACAGCCAGGUGCAGUUUAAACUCAAGCUGCCAGGCAUAUGCCAAGCAUAUGUUAAAUGUGGUGAAAAGCCUCUCCCCCUGACUCUGAGUGAAACUGGUUUCUGGGAGGGAGCCUGUAACACCUCAAGUGGGGAAACGGUGUCUGUCCAGAUAUCCAAAGAGGGUGAGAAUGUACGCCGGUAUAUAUUGGAGUAUAAAGUGAAGACUCGUUAGCAUAAAUCAAAGAUAAGCCAUUAGGUGGGCAGACACUUUAAUCAAGAUGUUUAACCUGUGCUUUAACAACCCCCAGCCUAGUCCUUAGAUGCUCUGUCAAUAAACCAUAUUCACAAUUUCAGUCUCAUUAUGGAUACAGUCUAGCUCCCACCACUCAAUCGCAUAAUGAUUCGCAAAUUCCAUGUUGCCACUGUUGUAACAGACUUCCCGCUGUGAUACGCCUCUGAAGAUGCCAGCCACGGAUGCAGGCGAAACAUUAGGAACAAGAUCCACCAGACCACGGCCACACAGCCCGGAAAACCCACCACAACCAGAUGAAUCCAUCUGUGAAUCCAUCUUCAACAACGCAUUUUAGGUGGCCCAUCAUCUUUCUCUGACAAAUUAUUAUAUUGAAUACAUUCUACUAUUGAGGCUGUUUUUAUCACAGACCCCAUUGGCAUAAUUCUCUGAAGUCUUAAGCACAGUUACACCCUUCCAAACCGGUUGACUUCAGUGGACUGAGAAGAAUGCAACUCUUGUUUAGGAUUGCACAGUAAAUUAGGAGGAAUUUCAUGUUACUCCUCAAUAAACAUGUC